AUGUGCUGUGCCGUUGCAUUUGCUGAUGUUGGCGCUUGGGCCUGUCCUGAUGCCUGUACUAGUGCUGAAGCUGGUGCUGGUUUUGGUGCUGGUGAUUUUGCCGGUGGUUGUGCUGUUGCCUGUGAUGGUGCCUGGGCUGGUGCCUGUGCUGGUGCCUGUGCUGGUGCCGGUGCCUAUGCUGGUGCUUGUGCUGGUGCUGGUUCUGCUUUUAGUGCUGGUGCAGCCUCUUGUGCUUUGGACGCUGGUGCUGUUGCUUGUUCUGAUGCUAGUGCUAGAGCUAGUGCUGGUGAUGGUGCCUGUGCUGGUGCUGGUGGUGGUAUUGGUGCUGGUGCUUGUGCUGGUUCUCGUACCAGUGCUUGUGCUGGUGCUGGAGCUGGUGCCGGAUCUUGUUCUUGUGCUGUUGGUGGUAUUGGUGCCUUUGCUGGUGCCUUUACUGCUGAAGCUGGUGCUAAUGCUGGUGCUUGUACUGGUGCUGGUGCUGGUGUUUCUGCUUGUGCUUGUGCACUUGUGCUGUUUCUCUGUUCUUGUGCUAGUGCUGGUGCUUCUGCUGUUUUUGGUGCUUGUGCCUGUGCUGGUGCCUGUGCUGGUGCCUGUACUGCUGGAGCUGGUGCUAAUGCUGGUGCUUCUACUGGUGCUGGUGCUGGUGCUGGUGCUUGUGCUGGUGCUUGUGUUGGUGUUUCUUCUUGUACCAAACCUUGUGCUGGUGCUUGUCUCGGUGUUGGUGCUGAUGCUGGUGGUGGAGCUGGUGUUUAUGUUGGUUCUGGUGCUGGUGCUUGUGCUGGUGCUAGUGUUGGUGCUUUUGCUGGUGCUGGGGCUGCUUCUGAUGCUAGUGCUGGUGCUUGUACUGGUGCUUGUGUUGGUGCUGAUGCUUCAGCUUGA